UCCCCCGUUGACUUUGAAUGUUGAGGUAUAUACCCGUAGAUGCCAGUCUAUAUUCCAACGUUCUACAGAUCAGAGAAGCAUUUAAAUACCCGACUAUCUCUGCUUUCAUUUCACUCUGUCCAUAUCCAACGCAGCGGCAACCACCUUCGUUCGCUGAGCUGAGGUGGGAUUGAUUGCCAGUCAUGGCUCGAAAUCAACUUGGGGUACUUGAUGCGCUCGAUGUGGCCAAGACGCAAUGGUAUCAUUUCACUGCCAUCGUGAUUGCGGGGAUGGGAUUCUUCACCGACGCAUACGAUCUCUUCAGUAUAUCUCUCGUCACCAAGUUACUUGGCCGGAUAUACUACUUUAACCCCAACUCUUCCAAGCCCGGCACUUUGCCUCCCAGCAUUGCAGCUGCUGUUAACGGAGUCGCACUGUGUGGCACUUUGGCCGGGCAGCUCUUCUUCGGGUGGCUUGGUGACAAGUUGGGACGGAAACGAGUCUAUGGGGUGACCCUGGUCCUCAUGGUCGUUUGCUCCCUCGCCUCCGGGCUCUCGUUUGGCAACCAGCCCAAGGGCGUCAUCGCCACCCUCUGUUUCUUCCGGUUCUGGCUUGGGUUCGGCAUCGGCGGCGACUACCCGUUGUCCGCGACCAUCAUGUCUGAAUAUGCCAACAAGAAGACCCGUGGCGCGUUCAUUGCCGCAGUUUUUGCCAUGCAAGGAUUUGGGAUAUUGGUUGGAGGGAUCGUGGCACUCAUCGUCUCGAGUGCAUUCGAUCAUGCGGACAAGGCUCCUCCAUACUCAGUUGAUAAGGCAGGCUCCACUGUUCCAGAAGCCGAUUACGUUUGGAGGAUCAUUCUGAUGUUCGGAGCAAUUCCGGCCGCUAUGACCUACUACUGGCGAAUGAAGAUGCCCGAGACUGCUCGUUACACCGCCCUAGUGGCCAAGAACGCGAAGCAGGCGGCGAAUGACAUGUCUAAGGUGUUGAACGUUGACCUUGAGGCCGAGGAAGACAAGGUGGAAAGGAUUGCGCAGGAGAGAUCCAACAACUUCGGCUUGUUCAGCAGAGAAUUCGCUCACCGCCACGGGCUCCACCUCGUCGGGACCACAACCACAUGGUUCUUGUUGGACAUUGCUUACUACAGCUCCAACCUCUUCCAGAAAGACAUCUACAGCAAGGUGGGUUGGCUUCCCGCGGCAGAGAGCAUGAACGCGAUUCAUGAAGUCUUCCGCAUUGCCAAAGCACAGACCUUGAUUGCACUCUGCGGCACCGUCCCUGGAUACUGGUUCACAGUCGCUUUCAUCGAUCACAUUGGAAGGUUUGCUAUCCAAUUGAUGGGCUUCUUCUUCAUGACUGUGUUCAUGUUCGCGCUCGCAAUCCCUUACCAUCACUGGACCGAGAAGCCAAACCACAUCGGCUUUGUGGUCAUGUACUCAUUCACCUUCUUCUUCGCCAACUUUGGGCCCAAUGCCACAACGUUCGUUGUGCCGGCAGAGAUUUUCCCAGCGAGGCUCCGGUCAACUUGCCACGGCAUAUCAGCAGCGUGCGGAAAGGCAGGGGCGAUCGUCGGGGCCUUUGGGUUUCUGUACGCUGCGCAGGGGAAAGCGUUAGCGGAUAGAGACGCCGGUUACCCACCAGGGAUUGGAAUGAAGAACUCGUUGAUAAUGCUCGGCGUGAUCAACUUCUUCGGGAUGUUGUUCACUCUGUUAGUCCCUGAAUCAAAAGGAAAGUCGCUUGAGGAGCUCACGGGCGAAAAUGAGGACGAGCCCGGUCAGAGCCAGCAGCCUCAGGAGGUGUCCGCUGCUAGAACAGUCCCAGAAUGAUUUCAACUCCUAAGUGACUUCGUGUUGAAAAAUGAAGAAGUAGAAAUUGAGCGCUGAAGAAACUUCCCGUGUUGCUGAAUUUUAUGGAAUCGUCGCGCAGGAUGAAUAAGUUUUUUAGAAAAUCUCCAUUUUGCAUUCAAGAAAUGGUAAAAGAUGUGUAUAUUAAGUUCAUGUA